AUGCCUGUGAUGAAAGGCCUUCUCGCUCCACAAAACACCUUCUUGGACACCAUCGCAAACCACUUUGAUGGCACUCACAGUAACUUCCUGCUGGGAAAUGCUCAGGGUCGUCAUGGCUACCCCAUUGUGUACUGCUCUGAUGGGUUUUGUGAGCUGACCGGCUUUGUUCGGACUGAGGUGAUGCAGAAAACUUGCACCUGCAGCUUCCUCCAUGGAGGUGAGACCAACGAAAGUGUAAUCCAGCAGGUUGACAAAGCUCUGGAGGGCCAGCAGGAGUACCAGGGAGAAGUCUGCUUCUAUCGGAAAAAUGGAAAUCAAUUUUGGUGCCUCCUGGAUAUUGUGCCAAUUAAAAAUGAGAAAGGUGAGGUGGUGCUGUUCCUCUUGUCCUUCAAAGACAUCAGUGAAUCAUACGGGAAAAGUCAUCACUACAGCCAAGGAGGCGGUGUGUCAGAGGCUGCUCACCAGAGCAGGAAAAGCAAUCGAUCGCACUUUUCCCAAGCUCGAAAACGAGGGAGGACUAUUCUGCACCACCUGACCAACCUUUUCAGCAAGAGGGGGAAAAGGAAACUAACUAAUAGUGUGUUUCAGAAACCCUCUCUACCGGAGUACAAGGUGGCAGCUGUUAAGAAGUCAAGAUUCAUCCUGCUACACUACAGCAUCUCUAAGGCACUGUGGGACUGGCUCAUUCUAUUGGCUACCUUCUAUGUUGCUGUGGCUGUGCCUUAUGACAUCUGCUUUGUCAGUCAUGAGGAGGGCAGUGACUAUCACUCACUUGUCAGCCGCAGUACUAUGGGCAGUGACAUCGCAGUGGAGAUGCUGUUUAUACUCGAUAUUAUCCUGAAUUUCCGUACCACCUAUGUCAGUCAGUCAGGCCAAGUCGUGUAUGACGCCCGCUCCAUCUACCUCCAUUACUGCACCACUUGGUUCUUUGUGGAUCUGAUAGCAGCGUUGCCUUUUGACCUCCUCUAUGCUUUCAACAUCACAGUGACCUCACUGGUGCACUUGUUGAAGACUGUACGUCUGCUGCGUUUGCUGCGCCUGUUGCAGAAACUGGAUCGCUACUCCCAGUACAGCGCCGUGGUCCUGACCCUGCUCAUGUCUGUGUUUGCUCUGCUGGCUCACUGGAUGGCUUGUGUCUGGUACGUCAUCGGACGCCAGGAGAUAGAAAGCAUUGACCCCGUUACCUGGGACAUAGGCUGGCUUCAGGAGUUGGGAAAGCGCCUGGAGACACCGUAUAUCAACCGCACUACAGGUGGCCCCUCUAUCCCUAGCGCCUACAUCGCCUCUCUUUAUUUCACUCUCAGUAGCCUCACCAGUGUCGGUUUUGGCAACGUGUGCGCCAACACAGACGCCGAGAAAAUCUUCUCCAUCUGCAUUAUGCUCAUGGGUGCCCUGAUGCAUGCUGUGGUCUUCGGCAAUGUAACAGCCAUCAUCCAGCGCAUGUACUCACGGCGUUCUCUUUACCACACCCGCAUGAAGGAUCUCAAAGACUUUAUUCGUGUGCAUCGGCUGCCUCAGCUGCUGAAGCAGAGGAUGCUGGAGUACUUUCAGGCCACAUGGUCUGUCAACAAUGGCAUUAACGCCAAUGAGCUGCUGCAUGACUUCCCAGAUGAACUGCGAGCUGACAUCGCCAUGCACCUGAACAAAGAUAUCCUGCAGCUGCCUGUAUUUGAGCGAGCCAGCAGAGGGUGUCUGCGCUCCCUCUCCCUGCACAUCAAGACUUCUUUCUGUGCACCUGGAGAAUACCUUAUACGCCAUGGAGAUGCCCUUCAAGCCAAUUAUUUUGUCUGCUCUGGCUCCCUGGAGGUUCUGAAAGAUGGCAUGGUCCUGGCCAUCCUGGGCAAAGGUGACCUCAUUGGGGCUGAUCUCCCAGAAAAUGACCAAGUGAUCAAGACCAAUGCAGACGUGAAGGCGCUGACCUACUGUGACUUGCAGUACAUCAGUGUUAGGGCCUUGAGGGAAGUCCUUGGGCUGUACCCAGAGUACGGCAGCCGGUUCAGCUCCGACAUCCACCACAACCUCACUUACAAUCUGAGGGAGGGCAAUGACUCUGAUGGAGUAACCAAGUUUCCAUCGUCCUCCAGGCUGUCUCAGGGUCGUGGCUCUAUGGACCGUAAUCUGCUUUAUAUUGUUGAGGCAGAUGACGCUGAUCGUGGUGAAGACACUAGACACUCUCAGCACAGGAGAGUGCCUCUGUUACAUGGAAUGGGCAGCCCUGUUCGACAGCCCUGCCUCAGCAGCCUGUUAGGAGAGGAGCUCCGCCACAUCAAUGCACUCCAACUCUGUCGGUCACCUGUCCAAGGCAGUAGAGGCUGCAGCCCCUCCCCUCAGCCAUUCUCCAAUCAGGAGCUCACUCCUUCUCCUAUGCCCAGUCUUACCAGUGACCAAGGCUUAAACCAUCGGCCUGCCAAUCUACUCAUGCCAUCCUUGCCUUGUGUUAGUCCACUGAGCCUCAGUCCCAGGGUCGUGGACGGAAUUGAGGACAAUGGUCACUCAUUUCAGUUUAAUGUAGAGCAGAGUGAGACAAAGACUAAUGUAACAGACCGGUUCCAGGUGAGUGCUAACCUGCUUCUGGAGACAGAGGAAGUGAGACAAAACAUCAGCAAACUAAACAAAGAGGUGAACAACUUGAACCAAGAAGUAUCCAACUUAGCCAAGGAGCUCCACAAUAUAAUGCAUUUCUUACAGUCUCAUAUGGCCAUGCUCCAUGCCCCUCCAGUCUCCUCAUAUUCCUGUGGCAUACAGAUGGUCCCCAAUCCUAGUGUAACUGUCUCCAGCAGCUGGCAGCCCCAUGUACCUUUAAAAAUUGCUACCGGGCUGCACCUUCACCAUGAAGCAAUUAGCCACCCUGCCAGAAAUGUGUGGGGCUGCAGUGGGAUGCCCUCCCAGGGCAGAAGUCCCACCUUGCUGCACUCUUCAAGCCCUGUGUCAUCCUGUUUACACCUGUGCUGCUCUGACAGAGAAGGGGCCACAGCACAUAGGUUACAGAGCCAGUGUAGCCCCUUCCAAACCUCCAGAACAACCCCAAACUCCCCCUACAUGAUCCACUCGCGUGCCCAAGGAGGUCCAUCCCUCCUGGGUGUCAGUCCUGCCUAUAGUGGCUUCCCAGUGAUUUGUCAGGCCCCACAGGUGGCAUACAACGCUUCUAUUCCCACAAUGAGCAACUCUCACCCUUUAUGUUCCCCAGUAAAUUCCAGCUACUCCCAUCCACCUCUGAGUGUUCGAACCAAGUCUGAUCCCACACAUAACCAGACCAGCUCCCAGACGCCAAUUCAUUCCUCCAUCACUUAUGCUGGCCAGCUGCAGUAUCAUACUACCUUCAGCUCUCUCACCCCUCCAGCAAUUCACACUUCAACAUGCACAGGACACAGCCAGGGCCAACAGGGCUCUCCCAUUGGCCCCAGGCAAAAUGACCUUGUAGGAUCCAGCCCUGUGCACCACACACAGGGCCGUGCAUAUUCUCUACUGGAGCAGGUAGCAGACACAGACUGUAGAGAUUCACUCUAUCAAGAGAGGACAAACAGUACUGAAUCUCAGGAUACGAGCGGCAUUACUCCAACUGUAGAAGUUAAACCUCCUCUCUUGGACGUAGAACGAAUAUAG